AUGGAUUCUGAUGAAGUGAAAAAUGAAGGGAGCGAAAGUGAGAACUACCACCCAGCCUACGACUCGCCAGGUGAUGAUUCUCGUGCUUGUGUUCCAGAAAACGAGCAUCAAAGACCUCCCCUCGACAACUCUUUGCAGGGAUUUGGCAGCUUCAAGUCUUGGUUGCCGGAAUACAGAAAGGUCAUCUGUGCUUUCGAAGAAAAGGCGACGCAGGAAAUACACCAGAAGGAACAGGCGCUAGAGGAAGCAAACCAGCAUAUCCAGAUGUUGGAGGCUGAGCUUCGAAAGUGUCAAAUGCGCCUAUCUAAGUUCAUACCAGACUACCAACCCUCUGAUACAACCAUUCGGGAGAAAUUCAUCAGCAUUCGCGAGAAUUUGUCAAAUUGGACGGAAGAGUUUCCUGACGUUGAAACCUUCAAAGAUUCACUCAUUUCGGCUCACCGAAAGUUCGAAUUUCCUCUCAAGAUCUACGGCUGGGGAAUGAGAUGCCCUGGAUGGCCCUCCAAUGCACAGUCGGAGAUAUUCAUGUGCAUGGUUUGGUGGCCUAUCUGGGAUACGCUGUUCAUGCCACUCGUAAUCGCACCGCCAUCUGAUCUUCGGGUUCUGAGGACACUCGAAAGAGGAAUAUACAAAGUAAACCCAGAUAAAGGCGUGCAAAAUCUGGAAAUCUUCAAUUUAUGGAGGUCGGAUACAAUUCGAGCCUAUGUUUCAGGCCAACAACAUCACAUUCAUGUGAAGAAGUGCUCAGAACUAACAGCGAGGCUACGCGAGAUCUUUGACUCCUUCAACUUCAAAUCCGACUUUGACAGAAAUCGCAAACUCUCGAGACUUGAGGAACAGAUCAAAACCCCGGCAGCAAACCUCGCUAUAAGCUUGAGUUGCUCGCCAGAAAGCUUUAACAUUAUGGAUAUUGCGACUCAUAACAAGAUUUCGAAAAGGAAAAAUAAUGAUGUACGCGAGAGUGAAAAAAUCGUGAAACUUCUUCUUGUCAUGUUUCCUGCACUAUACAGACGUGGUCGGGGAGAUGAGCCCGACAUUCUGAUUGAGAAAGCCACCAUCCUCAUCCACGUCAACCCAGAUCUACCUACGCCUACGCCUACAGUUACGGUUGAAGUUGGCAAUUCUCAGCGUUUGGCAUGA